AUGGAGCAAGAAGAUCGUGAGAAAAUAGAUCGAUGUAUUGAUAAAUUAGUGCCUCUAAUCAACAUGGAGUCGAUCUGGCCAAGGUUGUUUCUUCACCAAAUUUUUUUUAGCGAUGAUGUUAGUGUGCCAAAAUGGAAGGAUCGACUGGGAACACCAGAAACAAAACGUGAAAUUUUGUUAAAGAUAAAAACUCGAGGGCCUCAUGCAUUUAAAAAUUUAAUCCAAUGUCUGCGAGAAACUCACCAAGAAAAUCUGAUAAUCUUGUUGGAGAAUCCGCAAUCUGACCUGUCAAUGACAUUAGCUACAAUGAACAUUAGCAACAAUAGCAACUCAGCUAGUGAUAAUUGUUGUGCUCAACCUAGUACCAAUAAUAAUCUUAAUUAUGAUCCGUAAGUAGUUUAAUGAACAGUUAAUUAAUUCUUGAAAUCAACAGAUAACUGACCAAUUAUUCGAUUUUGCUUGAUGAAUAAAUUAUAACUAAAAAAUUAUUUUUAGAAUUUUGCAUUUAUAAUUUUUUAGAAUUUCUUCAUAUAAAGUUUUCUGUCGUAAUCAAUUUAAAAGAAUUUUAAAAAUGAUCAAAUGUCAGAUGUUUCUUAAUUUUAGUAUCAAUAGUUAAUUAUUGGAAUGAGCUCAUAUCUGACCAACUAUUCGAUUUUGUUUAAUAAAUAAAUUAGAGCAAAAACAUUUUUUUUUUAAAUUGCAUUUAUAAUUUUUUGAAAUUUCUUCGUAUUGUUAU